UGCACAAAAUAUGGACUACUUGGGAAAACCACCUUCGUUCAAACAUGGAGAAACUUCUUGCCGUUUGCCUUCAGACUUUUCAUAUCACUAUGGUGCCAAUUUUGACAGAAAGAUACAUGCAUGUUUUACAAAAUACUCUACGUCUCUUAUUGGUGCGCGGGCCCAAAAACCAGAAAUGUUUCCGUCAACAAACAAAACGUUAUCAAUAAAAUACAUGGUCUACAAAAAAGGUUGGAUUCCUUGUAUCGUUUAUGCGCUUUAUAAAAAAGACGAAAGGCCUCUUCUUCUGCAUUGUCGUCCUACUUCUGGCAGUGAGAUACAGGCCAGCUAGCAUACUGCAGAAGACAUGAAGCCUCAUGCUGUUUUCGUUCCAGUCCCAGCACAAGGUCAUGUGACUCCCAUGAUGACACUAGCUAAACUUUUUCACUCCAAAGGAUUUCAUAUAACCUUUGUCAAUACGGAAUUCAAUCACCAACGGUUAAUAAAUUCGAGAGGACCUGAUUCCGUUAGAGGUUUGCCUGACUUCAGGUUUGAAACAAUCCCCGACGGCCUUCCCUUACCAGACGAUUUAAAUGCCACCCAACCCGUUCCAGAUCUCCUCCACGCUUUCAGAAACAAUAUGCUAUUACCCUUUCGGAACCUAAUCCAGAGACUGAACAACAACAGCAAGAGCAGUUUAUUAUCACCUUCUUCUGAGAACAUCCUACCUCCUGUUACAUGCAUAGUUUCGGAUGGAAUGAUGAGUUUUGGUCUCAAAGUUGGCGUUGAACUUGGUAUCCCAGUAGCUCUAUUCUGGACUGCUAGUGCUUGUGGACUCAUAUGUUACUUACAUUUCUCCCAACUCAUCGAAAGAGGUCUCGUACCACUGGAAGAUGAAAGUGAUCUAACAAAUGGGUAUCUAGACACCAAAAUUGACUGGAUACCAGGAAUGAAAGAUAUCCGUUUAAGGGAUCUUCCUAGUUUUGUUCGAACCAUGGAUACACGCGACAUUUAUUUUGACUACUUCAUCAGAGAACUUGCAGGAAUGAAUGAAGCUACAACUUUGAUUGUCAAUACGUUUGAUGCUCUAGAGAAGGACGUUUUGGAUGCACUCAAGUCUGAGCAGUUAUCGCUACCUCCUCUGUACACAAUCGGUCCUGUACACCAAUUACUUCACCAUGAUGCCACAACAGGAACUAUGAAAAACCACCCAAGUGCAAAAACAACAUCUAUAGGGAUAAAUUUAUGGAAAGAAGAAACAGAUUGUCUUAAAUGGCUUGAUUCCGGAAAACCAAACUCAGUCGUCUAUGUUAAUUUCGGAAGCAUCACUACAAUGACAACUCAACAGCUUAUUGAGUUUGCUUGGGGGUUAGCUAACAGCAAACACUCAUUCUUAUGGAUAGUUCGAUCGGAUAUUGUAAAAGGUGACACAGCUAAUUUGCCACCGGAGUUUGCGGAAGAAACGAAAGAAAGAGGCUUGCUAGCUAGUUGGUGUCCACAAGAAAAAGUAUUAAAUCAUCCGGCUAUAGGCGCAUUUUUGACACACAGUGGUUGGAACUCAACAAUAGAGAGUAUUUGUGGUGGAGUUCCGGUUAUUUGUUACCCUUUUUUCUCUGAACAACAUACGAAUUGUAGGUACUCGUGUAUUGAUUGGGGAAUCGGAAUAGAGAUUGAUCAUAAAGUGACAAGAAAUGAGGUUGAGAAGUCGGUGAAAGAACUACUGGAAGGUGAAAAAGGCAAGGAAAUGAAGCAUAGAGCCAUGGAAUGGAAACAAAAAGCCGAAGAUGCAAUUGCACCUGGCGGCUCUUCCUUUGUCAAUCUCGAUGAAUUAGUUAAUGAAUUGUCACAAACAAGUAAGCAAUCGGAAAUAUGAACGGAGUAGUCUCGCCUAGUGAAGAAGAGUUUCUUGCCUAGUGGUACCGCCGCCUAUUUAAUAAAGUAGCGUGUGUUUCUCCUAGCUGUAUGCAUUUUAGCAUUUCAUAAAUCUCAUGGUCCCCGAUUGUUGUAAUUUCUCUUCUUGUUUCGCUUCUUAGUUUGGGCUUGUUUUAGCUUAUACUUGUCCAGUGUUGGCUAAAUAAAAUCGUCCAAUAUUGAUUUUGGAUUGAGAAUAAGCCAUAACUCAAAAUCUUAAUCUGCUUUUGUUGAAAAGUGAGACCAAUCGACACUCUAUGGUUUUUGAGCUAUAAUAGGAAAGAAAAAGUUUGUUCUAGAAGGAACUAGUAUGUUCCGUUAGUUUUGCUUGUGUAGGAAGUCUUUUAGUUUCCUUGCUUAGAAGGUUAUUUUUAUGUUAGGAAGUUACGCCUUAUUGGAAUUGUUUUUACGCGGUUUGGUUUAGUAUAAGUAUAGGCUUUGAGCCAAAGGAAUUGUAACAUCAGUACGUAUUCAAUUGAAUUCCUGUCUUCGACUCUA